UCCACCUCUAGCAGAUAUUGAAAGUGAAAACUGUCGACGGAAUAAAUUUAAUUAGCUAAACUCGUUCAAAAACAACAUAUUUAUCAGUCACCAAAAACAAACUAUACACUAAAAUGUGCGGCGGUUUUACCUGCUCGAAAAACGCGCUAAUUGCGCUCAACAUUUUGUAUGUGAUGAUUGGGUUCCUGCUGAUUGGAGUGGGCGUGUACGCGCGUGCCGCCUCCAUCGUGACCAACCUGCCGAUUGUGGGCGGGAUCCUCGCUUGCGGCGUCAUCCUCAUCUGCAUAUCAAUGCUGGGACUGGCAGGAGCCGUCAAGCACCACCAAGUGAUGCUCUUCUUCUACAUGAUCAUUCUGUUCAUGCUGUUCCUGAUCCAGUUCUCCAUUGCCAGUUCCUGUUUGGCCGUCAAUUCCGAGCAGCAGCAGCAGUUCGCCGAACAAGGAUGGAUGACGGUGCCCACGGAGUUGCGCAAACAGGUGCAGGACAGUCUGAAAUGCUGCGGAUUCAAUGCCACUGGACCGAGCACAAGUUCCGUUCUGCCCCCGCCAGAUGAACCCUCGUGUGAGCGGAUCAAUCUGCAGUGCUGUGCCCACUCCUCAGAGGCGGACUGUCGUUGCGAACCAUGCGGGCCCCUGCUGGAGGACAAGAUCGACUACGCCUUCAAGCUAUGCGGCGGUCUGGGCAUUUUCUUCAGCUUCACUGAGUUCGUUGGCGUUUGGCUAACAGUUCGCUAUCGCAAUCAGAAGGAUCCGCGUGGCUUGCCCAGCGCCUUUCUCUAAAUUGAACGCUAGUCGAGAAAAAGAAAAACAUUACCCAGAUACAGAAACAUCCAAAAUUAUUUAGUGCAUGUAUAUCUGCCCUGUCUCUGCUAAAUGUUUGGUGUUGCGAUUGAAGAUUUCAUGAGCUCUUGGGGCCCACAUACCAUAUAUACAAGCAUCCUUUAUAUUUAUACCAUCUACAGAUACAUUAUACAUAUAUAUUUAAUCACAUUGCCGCAGAACUAUGUACGUAAUGUGUUAGUUCGUAAUUGAUAUACAACUUUAGACAUAUAUACAUAUUAUAGAGAGAUAUAUAUAGGAGGAGAGAGCUACGCGUUUAACCCAUAUAUACGAACCCGAAAGCAAGCAAUCAGCAAAGAAACAUAUUUCCAUUUACUCUCAACACACUUUCUUUAACACUUCCCAAAAAAAAUUGAACUCACUUUUGACUGCCUUCUCUUUGACUAAGCAUAAACUCAACAAGUGGCCAAGGGUUUUGGCCGUUUUCCUGGCGCGUCGCUACCGCAAUCAACACGAUCCCUGCUAUCUUCCUGCCCGCGCCGUUUUUCCACAUGAUUACUUAUAUUGAACGGGCUGAACACUGCAUCCUGGAAGUGAAACAUUUUAGUCAAAGGGACGAAGGCUGAAUUUUUAUUUUUACAACGCGUUUCCUAGCAAAAAUCGAAUCCAAACUCGAACAAGAGAUUAAUCUCCGGAGAAGGAGAAAAUGGAGGAGGAGUUUUAAAUGUGCUCAACACUGCUGCUAUUUAAGAACAAAUUCAUUUUACCACAAUAUUUACUUUAAUUGCACAAAGUUAAUUAAUUUUUAAAAACUCCAAUUGAGAUUAUGUUUAGCUGUAACAUUGUAAUUUAAGUUAAACUGUUUGAAAUACCUUAGUUAGCUCUUAAUGCCUUCUUUUGCAACUCGCAACAAUCAUAAACGACUCGACGUGACUCGACUUUAAACUACUGUACCACUACGAGACAAACAUUUCAACAACCUGAUCUUAAUGUAGGACUUACAACAAAGUCAACAAUUGUAACUAGCAACGUAAUAAGUAUACAUCAACCUAUAUACAAAAGUAAUUGCAUUAUUGCCCAGAAGGCGUAUAAACGAUACUCUAAAUGUUAGUUGUGUGUUAAACUUUAAACUAGCGAAAAAAUGGCCACAAAAUAACAAAAAAAAAAGAGUAACCCUCUAAGCAUACAUGUCAACAAUUAUACAAGUCUAUAUAGAUAAACCUACACAUAAGAAAACUGCUUCUUCGAAAUUUUCACUCCUUUUCCGCACUUGCUCGACUUUCUCUGCAGCUUUUCCUUCUCGACUUUCACCCUCGCAACAAGCCACCAAGAACAAAAACAAACACUUCUCACCCGACGCAACUUUUCCUCUUUGCACACAUCACACUCAUAUGGAAAUAGUUUUCCCAGCAGUUUCCUUUCUAUUUUCCUUUCGAGCGACAAAUAAUCCAUUAGAAAAUAUUCUCUGUAUUCUGUGCUGUGAUUGAAGUAAAUAUGAUCUUUAAAAAACAAAAGCAAAACCCAAA